UUCUUAUACAACAUAAAUAAAGUGAUCACUAGUUGAGUUUAGUAGUUAACUUGAAUGCUCGCUGCGCAGUCAUUUUCAGAACAUUUUACAGUUUUAAUAAAAUUUAAAUUACUAACAUGCUGUUUUAAUAGCAUUACAGGGGAUUUGUAUAAUUAAUUUUUUGCAAGAUGUCGUUUGAAUAUUGUCAGAAAAAUAAGUUUCCUUUCUAUUUUGAUUAUUAAAUGGCAAUCAGACAUUGUAUCAUUGUUAGUAGUUAUUUCUCAUUUGUAAGUGUAGUGUUCAAAGUUCUGGUACUGGAUGUAAAGUAUGCCUUGAAAGUAGAUUAUCAUGAAAAUGUAAACAGCCCCUCACCAAUACUCACAUCUUGAGCACCCUGUGGCCCCCAAGGUUUGGACAUUGCCUUAUUUGGCCCGCCAGCGAAUGUAAUUGAGUACCCCUGCCCCUGACAUCCAGUUUUGAAACGUCAGCUGGGAAUACACUCGAUGUAUUGUAGCGAUCUUGGUUAACGGAGGCAGACGCAUCAUCACACAGCUCCAGAGUGCUAGCUGACAGAUUAUCUUUCAUCUCAUUGUAAUGCAGGCUAGAUCAGGCUCAGGUAAAAAAAUAAAAAAUAACAUAGUAUAUUAAAAAGUAAAUCAACGACCGUAUUUUAGUUACCGCAUUAAGAACCACAUGAUUGCAAAUAUCAAAAAAGGUAAUUGCAAAUUUAAGUUACAAAAAAAAGGAUUUUAGGCUGGAAGACAUACCAACAGAGAUAGCAAUAGUCUUACCUUUCCGUUAUUGGUCUAUACCGCAAAAGUACUUAGCACAUCAUCGUUCGAAGACAAAAAACAAGGCAAAUCACCCGUUACAAGGCACCCUUCACCCACUCCCAGUCUACUAUUUGUGGGAGGAGAGCAAUGACGUCACACACAAUUUCUCUUGGCGACGUCAUUGGAGGACGCUGAGUGCUCCACGCGACAGUCAAUGUGAGCAGACAAGAUGGCGACGGAGUGAGUGCCGUAUCGUAGGUUAAGAUGCGUCGGGGUGAGCCUCAACUCGCCUUAUUGAGAACAGAGAUCUGAAACAGAUAUGGAUAAAUGUAAACAUGUUGGACGGCUACGACUUGCCCAGGACCACUCGAUUCUGAACCCGCAGAAAUGGCACUGUGUAGACUGUAACACCACAGAGUCGGUGUGGGCCUGCCUCAGCUGCUCACACGUGGCCUGUGGACGCUACAUUGAGGAACAUGCGAUCAAGCACUUUCAGGAAAAGAAGCACCCCGUGGCGCUAGAGGUGAAUGAGCUGUACGUUUUCUGCUACUUGUGUGACGACUAUGUGCUGAAUGACAAUGCCACGGGAGACCUCAAGUUGCUACGCAGCACGCUAAGUGCCAUCAAGAGCCAGAACUAUGAGUGCACCACUCGCAGCGGCCGAACUCUACGUUCCAUGGCCAGUGAAGACAUCUCUGCAGGCAGUGUGCAGGAGCUGCUGUGGGAUGAGGACCGUAUGUUCACAGCGCUCUGGCACCGGAGACGCUCCCUAAUGGGCCGUGUCUUCCGCUCUUGGUUCGAGCUGACAGAAGGAGGCAAGCGGCGGACAGAGGAGGAGAGACUCAGGGAAGAGGCAGAGAUAAGGAGGACAAAGACCCGGGAGAGGAGGCAGGAGCUGAAGCGUCGGCUGAAGGAGGAGCUGGAAAGCACCCCUCCGAGGAAGAGCUACCGCCUGAAGGAGCAGAGCCAAACAAGCACUCCCACAAUGAAUGUAAGGGGAGUUUUGCCCAAGACAUUUAGCAGGAUUCCAGUGCCACCACAGCAACAAGCAGUAAGAAGAAAAGUAUCAACAGCAAUUCAUAAGCAAAGGAAGAUAUGCACAGGGGAAAAAAAAACAACCACAUCCACCUCGCUCAAAGCAGGCAAGUUAAAGUCUGGAGACUCUCCCAUCAAACGGAGGCCCACAGUAACCCCUGGUGUGACAGGCCUGCGCAAUUUGGGCAACACCUGCUAUAUGAACUCUAUCCUGCAAGUGCUGAGCCACCUGCACAUCUUCCGCGAGUGCUUCCUGCAGCUUGACCUCAACCAAGCCCUGGAGCUGCUUGCCAGCGCUGCCAAUGGCAGUGCUCACAAACCCUCAUCCCCCAUCUUAAAGAGGAGGAACUUAUCAGCAGGCCUGAGCGGAGGAGCCUCACGUACGAGGAGCAUGGAGCUUAUCCAGCCCAAGGAGCCCAGCUCCAAACACAUUUCCCUGUGCCAUGAACUGCACACCCUUUUCCAGGUGAUGUGGUCAGGGAAGUGGGCUCUGGUGUCCCCCUUCGCCAUGCUCCACUCGGUGUGGAGGCUUAUCCCAGCCUUUAGGGGCUAUGCCCAACAGGAUGCUCAGGAGUUCCUCUGUGAGCUUUUGGAUAAAGUGCAGCGGGAACUGGAGACCACGGGCACUGUACAGCCUGCCCACAUGCCUGCCUCACAGAGGAAGCUUAUCAAACAGGUCCUGAAUGUUAUCAACACUAUAUUUCAUGGGCAGCUUCUCAGUCAGGUUACCUGCCUUGCCUGUGACAAUAAAUCCAAUACCGUAGAGCCAUUCUGGGACUUGUCACUGGAAUUCCCUGAAAGGUACCACUGCUACGGAAAAGAAACUGCCUCGCAGUAUCCCUGCCUGCUGACAGAAAUGUUAGCAAAGUUCACAGAGACAGAAGCCUUGGAAGGGAAGAUAUAUGCAUGUGAUCAGUGCAACAGUAAGCGCAGGAGAUUUUCUUCUAAACCAGUCAUCCUUUUGGAAGCUCAGAAACAGCUCAUGGUCCACAAACUGCCUCAGGUCUUGAGACUGCACCUUAAACGUUUUAGGUGGUCUGGUCGCAAUCAUCGUGAGAAAAUUGGAGUCCAUGUCAGCUUUGAUCAGAUACUGAACAUGGAGCCCUACUGCUGUAGGGAUUCCACAGGGACCCUCAGGCCAGACUCUUUCAUAUAUGACUUGUCUGCUGUAGUGAUGCAUCAUGGAAAGGGAUUUGGCUCGGGACACUACACUUCGUAUUGCUAUAAUACAGAAGGAGGGUUCUGGGUGCAUUGUAAUGAUUCCAAGUUAAACAUCUGCACUGUGGAGGAAGUGUGUAAGGCACAGGCCUACAUACUCUUUUAUACCCAGCGUGUUUCUCAGGAGAAAGGACCAUCUCUUUAAACAAUGCCUCACCAGAGCAAUCAUCCAGCAGCUGAACACCAGCAUGGCAUUGAAAAGGGUAACCCUUCACAUAAAACAUCAGCACAUCCAAAGACAUUUAGUCUUUGUACACUGUUUAGACUUUUCUUUGUGAAUAUGAAGUAUGGACACAAAGUAUUGAAUACAAUACUAGUUUAAGGUUCCUUCUUUUGUGAAUUAGUGUACAUUUUGUUUAUAAUGUUUUGUAAUACAAUGUUUGUAAAUGCAUUUUUUAAGAGUAAGUGUAUAUACAGCUGUAAUUGAAUUACAUUGAUAAAAAUAACUCGGCUGCAUGUAUGAGGCAACUGCUCAAGCAUUUUAAACAAGGUGAACUGCCAUAAGGAAAUUAUUGUAGUCUGUUGUGCUAUGAUCUUUCAGAAGGAAUUAGUUUCAUAAUUAUUUCAUGAGAAUAAAUACAUAUUUAGAUACUUGCCUUUCAACUGAACAAUCUCAGUUACUGUGCACUUCUUGUACUGACACAACCAUAGAAUAUAAGUUAUGUUUUAAUAGUCCCUUAUAGAAUGUACAUGGAGUAAUUGAUAAUAUUAGAUAACAAUGAAGUUAGAAUUUUCUUCAUUAUGGGGUUGGGGGGGGUGGCAAAUAAUCUUUUGUGACUAGUUCAGUACCCAGUCAAAAUAGAAGGAAGGCCUGCAUUUAGUCCUGGCUUUGGAUGUUUUCUCAGAACAGGUCUGAAAUAUUUUAAUUUUAUUCCUUUUCUGCUUAAUGUCCAAUAUAUUUGACAUUAAGAAAAUAGGCAUUAAAUGAG